AUCGAUACAAUUGUUUUACUUUCCACAAAAUUGUGUAACGUGAAGCUGCUAGAGUUUUGUGCUUCUGAGUCUCUCCAAAAAUUGAACAAGAAUGGCCAAGAACAAAGAUGGCGAAAAACCAACAGUCGUCGGAGUGGAUGUGCAGCUUGCGUCGACUAUGACGGUGAUCCUGCAACACCACAUCAUUUGAAAGCACUCGGUUUUGGAUUUGCUGUACAUUUAGCCAUACAGGUAGUAGGACACAUAACGGCAUGUCACAUAAACCCUGCAGUAAGUAUCACAAGUUUGCUGUUGAGAAAAAUCAGCAUAAUUCAGUUUGUGGUUUAUCUUCUGGCCCAAUUCCUGGGAGCACUUUUGGGAUUUGGACUCUUGAAGGUUCUGUUUCCGGAAAAUUACGUCCAGAAUGGUUUCUGCAUGACGAAAGUUGGCGGUGGUGCAACUUUAACUCAGGGAUUUUUCAUAGAACUAGUAAUCACUUGUAUAUUAUGUUUCGUACUUUGUUCGGUGUGGGACAGAAGAAACGAAAAAUGGGGAGACUCGACACCAGUCAGAUUCGCAAUCAUCAUUUCUGUACUCUCGAUAAUAGGGGGACCCCUCACUGGAGCCAGUAUGAAUACUGCAAGAUCAUUUGCUCCUGCUGUAUUUGGCAGCAAGGCUGAUUGGGAAGAUCAAUGGGUCUACUGGACAGCUCCAAAUAUAUCGCCAUUCAUAUCCGUAGGCUUCUACAAACUUUUCUUCUCAGAGCCGAAAGCCAAGAACCGAAGUGACGACUACUCUCAAGCAGUUUCCUCCUGAAACGUUAAGCUAAAAACCGUUUUUGUAUGAAAGUACAGACAUUUUAUUAUUGAAUGUUGUUAUAAACAAUUGGUACCUGUAAAUAUAUUUUUGUUACUCCAAUUUUCGGAUUCUCAAUUGAUAUUUUAUGCAAAUACUAUAGGAUAAGAAAAACUAUUUACAAUAAAUAAAAAUUAUUCAGUGUU